UUUGGAUUUACUCCGGUGAACAAGGCAGAGGUUAAAAACGCGUUUGCAAUGGGUUAAAUAUAUAAUAUUGCACUAAGUGAGAUGAUUAAAACAUAAAAAGAAGAUAUGCCUCUACCACGGGAAACGGUGAGCCAGAACUAUCGUGUUGUGUUCAUGGGAACAUCUGGAGUGGGAAAAAGUUCGAUCAUUAAUCAAUUUAUUAACAAUAAGUUCACUGAGAUUCAUAAGGAAACUGUAGAAGAGCUUCAUCGCCACAGUAUGAAGUUCGAGACCGUGUCUGUAGAUAUUGAUAUAUUAGACACUUCAGGUUCGUAUCAAUUUCCGGCCAUGCGCAAACUCGCUAUAGCAACAGGUGAUGCUUUUGUGCUUGUAUAUUCGGUAACGAAUGCGGAAAGCUUUGAAACAGUAAAAUCGUUGCGAGAAGAGAUAAAAGAGCAUAAACAUAAUGGGAAGUAUUCGAUAGUCGUUGUUGCAAACAAAACGGACCUAGGAGACAUAACUGGGGAACACGCUGUGAACGAGUCCGUGGUCUGUAUGGACUGGGAAGAAAAAUUUGUCACAACCUCGGCAAAAACAGGUGAAAAUAUUGAUACUGUGUUUCAACUGUUAGAGAAUCAAAUCAAAGAAAGAAUAAAGUUAGAAGAGAAACGACUUUCGUUCUUUCGGAGGAUCUCAAUGCCUGUUAUGAGACUGGCCAAAUCAAAUCGUCGGAAUACGCAAUCAGUGAAAAUCAAACCUAGAUCUAAUUCUGUGGAUUUGUGA